UGUUGUAGAAGACGGAAGUAGAUCGGUCGCGGUUUGUAAGUGAUUCAAUUACAACAAAUUGUGUGUUACAAAAUAAAUUAAACAUUACAUUGUUUUAACCCAUAUUUAGGCGAGAUAGUAACCUUGUGCAACAAGCGUUAUACAGUAUCACAGAUCAAUCACAUAAGAUAGUUUCUGGAUACUUUUCCGACAGUGAAGAGCGCAUGCCUCCAUGGCCACAAGGUGUUUCUGUCCAGGUGGAGCUUCUGAAAAUUAGUCAUCUUCACUGUUGCAAGUAGAGCUGAGGCAGCAUGUCAGACUUCACCAUCGAUAUCCAGCUGACAGAACUAGGGUUCCCUGACAUCUUGCAGCCCAGAGAAAUGACCUGUGUGAAGGAGACACCAUCGCCUUCAGCCUCUAACAAUAUCUCUCCUGGACCCCUGGCCAGCCUCCAAAUCCCCAGUUCCUCGCCGCCGCCUCCUCCUGCUGCACUCACCCCUACAGCUGUGGACCCAGAACUGGUUGGUGUAGAUCAGCUGGUUUCUGUAGCCUCACAGACUGCUUCUACAGUACAGCAGGUUGCCUCACAGACUGGCCCUCACAUUACAGUAACCCCAAGUCCCUCUGGGCCCCCAGAGACACUGACAAUACUCUGCCCACCCCCUCCUUCUACACACAAACCGGUGGUAGUGGCACACACUUCACGGCCUGUUAGUCCCAUAUUGCUACCCAAGAGUUUAGUAAGUGGUCAAAGCAAUAGCCUUCACCAAACCCCCAAAAUAACUAAAACUGUCUUGAUAUCUGUGUCUCGGGCUGGAGCUGGUACUGUGUUGACUACUGUACCAGCUCCUUCCACUCCCCCUGUUGAACACUUAAGAACCAUUAAAAAUGAUUCCAAGCUGCUGCUUGCAGACCAGACUGCAAUGUUUCAGACCACUCCAAAACCUGUAAACACAGGGAAGCCAGGAAGGGCGGUCACUGAGGAAGAAGAACCAGGAGAAAAUAUUGGAGAGGGAAUAGGAGGGAGGAAUGGAGGGAAAGGUGUUUUCGAUGAUGGGAAAGUGCAAGGACUGAAAGAGAAAGAAGCAGAAGUUGCAAAGAGUUUAGAGGAGGACUCUGAGGAAACAGAUGACAGUGAGGUUUCUGAGAAUGAGGAUGAUGAUGAAGAGGAGGAGGAGGAGGAGGAACUGGACCCAGAAGCAGAGCCUGGAGGUUCAGGCGAACACCGCUGUAGCGUUUGUGACCUCGUCCUUUCCUCCAGCUUCCAGCUCCAGGAGCACAUGAACCUGCACACAGGGGCACGCCCCUACUGCUGUGCUGAGUGUGGCAAGCGCUUCUGUCAGCUGGCCAACUACCGCUCCCACCUGCGGACGCACGCCCAGCCCCAGACCUCAGUCCCACCCGUACAGCUCCGCUGCCGUGUUUGCCUGAAGGGCUUCGAUUCUGAGCAGGGUUUGAAGGACCACCUAGCCAAGUCCCACUUUGAGAAGGAAUUUUAUGAGUGUGACGCAUGCAAGCGCAUCUUCACCUGCCUGACCAAGUGUGAGGAGCACCUUGAGGAGCACAAGCGCGAGCUGGCGGACCACGUGUGCCUGCAGUGCUUCCGCCGCUUCCGCCUGCGCCGCUCUCUCCGCCGCCACAAGGAGCGGGGCUGUGUCCGCAGCUAUCGCUGCACCGACUGCCCCAUGAAAUUCAGCCGCAAGAAUGCCCUCCUCAAGCACAGCUUCUCCCACCUGGGCCUGCUGCCUUACACCUGCAUCCAGUGCCGCGCACAUUUCCGCCUGGCCAGGCUCUACCGUAAGCACGAGUGUGAGCCGGAGCGGCUCCACUGCGUGGCAUGCCUGGGCGUCUUCCAGAGCCACAACGACUUCCAGAGGCACAAAAGGGAGACGGGCUGCUGGGGCCAGCAGGGGACCAAGGGGGAUGAGAUCCGCUGUAUGGAGUGUGGCCAGGCAUUCUCCACGGCUGACGAGCUGAAGAAUCACGCCGGGGCCCACCAGAGGGUGAUGACCUGCUCCGAGUGCGGCAAGGGCUUCCGCUCGGCCUUGAUGCUGAUGUCACACAUGGGGGGCCACGCAGGGUCGAGGCCCUGUCUGUGUAAGAACUGCGGCCUGGGCUUCCCUCACCAGCAGGGUUACGAGAGCCACCUCAAGGACUGUGGACGCAAACCCCCUCCUGUGAUGGCUCCAAAGAAACCACGGAAGGACCCCCCUGCUGCUCUUUCCAAACCCCUAGCCCAGCUCGCUCCAAGUUAUCUCCCUGUCUCUGCUCCUGUGAAGAAACCAGAGAGACAAGCGUCAGCACCACUUCCUACUCUGGUGAGAAUGCCAGGCUCUGCCCCUGCCAGAGUCACAAUGGGAGUCCCUGCUUCUACCCCAGUGAGAAUGCCAGGCUCUGCCCCUGCCAGAGUCACUAUGGGAGUCCCUGCUUCUACCCCAGUGAGAAUGCCAGGCUCUGCCCCUGCCAGAGUCACAAUGGGAGUCCCUGCUUCUACCCCAGUGAGAAUGUCAGGCUCUGCCCCUGCCGGAGUCACAAUGGGAGUCCCUGCUUCUACCCCAGUGAGAAUGCCAGGCUCUGCCCCUGCCGGAGUCACAAUGGGAAUCCCUAACACCACUGCUGUCCGUGUAGUGAGCCCUGACCAACCCACCAAGGGGCUGUGGAAGCUCAGCCUGGACAAACAGCCUCCUCCUGGGGUGUCCUUGGUCAUGUUUGUCCCUGCCAACACCCCUCUGGCCUCUGGCCUCUCUGGCCCAUCCUCCACCCCCCAGUUCCCAGCCCUCUCAGGCACCCAGCCCCAGUGGAAGGUACUCAACCCAGCACCAAAUCCAGGAGCCCCUCCUCCGGUGCUGUGCCAGUCCAGCUUCACCUCUGAGCCGGGUCUGAGCCUCAUAGCAGAGGCAAACCGGCGCUACUCCUCUGAUGCUCCGCUGGAUCUGGCCUUAAAGACAGCUGACUACGAACAGGAGCCUGCUAAUAUACUACCUCUUGAUCUGUCUAACAAGUCGACUUGCUCCACUCCUCCUGCUAACCUUGUAGUCAAGACUGAACCGAGAGACCCUGGGUUUGCAGAGGAGACUGAGGAAGAACUAUUCACAAGUUUAACAGGUGAUAAAAAGGAGAUAGUCUUUCAGAGUAAGAGGGAGCCAGGGGAGGAUUCUAAAAUUAAGGCUAUGGCUCAGAAGGGGGGAAAUGGAGAAGGGAGUGGAGAUGAAGACAGGCAAAAUGACAGCAGAGAUGAUGGAACAGCUCAGUCUCGAAUGAAGAAGGCACCAAAGCUGGGAGUCACGUCAACCCUGCGGCUCCUGACCGUCAAACAGACAGAACCUUUGAGGAACACUGCCAAAGUGGAUCCAGUGAAUCAGCUGAAAAUCGAGUCAGUCAGCUCUUUGCACUCCAAAAUCCUUCGGGGCUUAGUCCAUAUAAAGCAGGAACCACUGUCUCUAGAGGCUGACAGUGGAACACAGAGCUCAGACUUCUGUUCGUACAGCCCGCUGACAGCAUUGAACAGGAAGAUGGAGCCAGACGUGGGGCUGGACUUGAGAUGGGAUGGGGGCACCCCAGGCUGUGUGCUCGACUUGAGGUUGAAUGGAGGGAACACAGCCAAUCGUGAUGCAGAGGAGAGGAACGUGGAAGGAGACCGUGUAGAGGAGGAGCUUGAGGGUGGCGAGAAGGAUGGAUCGGAGGAGAGGAAAGCGGAUAAGGAUGGAUCGGAGGAGAGGAAAGAGCAGAAGGAUGGAUCGGAGCAGAAGGAUGGAUCGGAGGAGAGGAAAGCGGAUAAGGAUGGAUCGGAGGAGAGGAAAGAGCAGAAGGAUGGAUCGGAGGAGAGGAAAGCGGAUAAGGAUGGAUCGGAGGAGAGGAAAGAGCAGAAGGAUGGAUCGGAGGAGAGGAAAGGGGAGGAGGAUGGAUCGGAGGAGACUGACACCCCUGUUGAUGAACCCACAGCUCAUAACCCAGAGAUGCAGCUCCCCUCCUCUCCCAUCCCCUCUCCUCCCUCCUCACCACCAUGUAAAAGACGAAGGUCACUAAGGACAAGGGAAAAGCCUAGAGCCCUACGUGACUGUUUAUUAUAAGGGCAGUACUUUAGACAGAGUGAAAAAUAGGUUUGCUGACAACAAUGUUAAUUAGGCUGCCUUUUAAUGGCCUGAGAAACAGAGGAAAACAUAACCAAGCCUAAUGUAAAACAAUUCAUACUAGGCUUGUUAUUAAAUUAUAAUAGCAACACAUUUUGUGGAUUAGUGGUGAUUUUUAUAAACCAUGCCUCUACAUUAAUUUACCCUCGGGAUUUGGUUGCUUUCCUGUAUUCCAAUUAUUUUUUGUUAGCUAUUGAAGACUUACUAUGUCUAUGUUUAAUGUACCUGCUAGUGCUUAGUGAGCUAGCUAACAAUCCUUGUUGUUAGCUGCUUACUGUGUGGCAAGAGAUUGAGAUUAGGGUAAAUAGUGGCUGUUUUCGAUGUUACAGUAGUUGCGUAUGUUGGCAAUAGGAUCAUGCACUUCUUCCAGUGUUACGCACACCUUUCCAAACACUCCAUAUCUAUUUGACUAUACCAACAUAACUUAUUUGGGUUUUUUGUUAUAGGUUGUCUAGUUAGUCUUCAAUUGAAUGUCAUUGUAUUUUUUUUUGUUUCUAUUCUAUAUAAGCUGCUGUAUGGGACUUCAGUCGCAAAGGUUUCUUAUUCAGGUACUGAUGGGGAGUGAUUGGGAGCCAGGAAUUAAUGUACUGUCAACUUUCUGAGAAAUGUUUCUCAACAGCUCGGUUUUUGUUUGAUUUGAGUUCCAUAAUGGGUAUAAUAUGCAAGAAAAUGUAUGUGCUGUCCAAUUAUAAUGUUGAAUUGACAUGUAUAUCUUUUUUCUAUCACGUUGAAUGUCUUACUUCAACUGAAUGGUUGCAGUGUUUUGUAGAGUUUUAAAACAUUCUGUUCUGAAAUUGGGAUCUUAAAGGAUACAAAUAAAGAUCAACGUAUUGGAAUGGUA